AUGGAUAAAGAGAUGAACAUCGAUAAUGACCUACUUAUCGCACUAGUGGAAGCAAGACCAGUUUUAUGGGAUAUAAGUUUGAACAUAUUUAAAGGCAGAAACACUACUAGAGAAGCAUGCAGCCAACUUUGCUGUGAACUGAAUGAGGAUUUUAAAGAGAAAUUCAUUGAAAAUAAUAUUGGAAAUCAGCACUGCACCGAUGAACAAAAAUAUCCCGUCAAGUGCUGCAUCCGUAAAACAAAGUUGUCGCUUAUAACCGCUCAGCUCUAUUUCGAGAACCCCGUCACUAGUUCCUUCAAAUCUCAUGGCAGUAGGAUUAAAAGUGUCUGCGGUAUCUGUAUCAAUAAAAUGGUCAGCCUCAUCUUUAAUGAAUACAUGGGUGAAUUGCGCGACUCCAAAUUCCUUGCUAUCCAAAAGAUCAUAGGCGCGAAUUACACUGAAAAGGCGUAA